AUGGGUCUCGACAUCACCCAAAAGAAGCGGCGCAUCGCCCUCGGCUGCGAAGGGUCGGCUAACAAGCUCGGCAUCGGCGUGAUCCUCCACGAAGGCGACACCUCCACCGUGCUGUCCAACGUCCGACAUACCUUCGUCUCCCCCGCAGGAACCGGCUUCCUGCCCAAAGACACCGCCCAACACCACCGCGCCUUCUUCGUGCGGGUCGCCAAACAAGCCCUCUCGGACGCCGGCAUCCGCAUCGCCGACAUCGACUGCAUCUGCUACACGCGGGGGCCAGGCAUGGGCGGGCCGCUGGCGUCGGUGGCGGUGGCGGCGCGCACGCUGGCGCUGCUGUGGGGCAAGGAGCUGGUCGGCGUCAACCACUGCGUCGGUCACAUCGAGAUGGGGCGUACCAUCACGGGCGCCGACCACCCCGUGGUGCUGUACGUGUCCGGCGGCAACACCCAGGUGAUUGCCUACGCGGAGCAGCGGUACCGGAUUUUUGGCGAGACGCUGGAUAUUGCGGUGGGGAAUUGUCUAGAUCGGUUUGCGCGGGCGCUUAAUAUCAGUAAUGAUCCGGCGCCGGGGUAUAAUAUUGAGGUGUUGGCGAGGAAAGGCGGGCGGGUGUUGUUGGAUUUGCCGUAUGCGGUGAAGGGGAUGGAUUGCUCGUUUAGCGGCAUCUUGACGAGGGCGGAGGAGCUGGCGGCGCAGAUGAAGGCAAAUGAGGGGAAGGGGACCGACGGGGAGCCGUUUACCGGGGCGGAUCUGUGCUUCAGCCUGCAGGAGACGGUGUUUGCGAUGCUGGUGGAGAUCACGGAGCGGGCCAUGGCGCACGUCGGGAGCAACCAGGUGUUGAUUGUGGGAGGUGUGGGGUGCAACGAGCGGCUACAGGAGAUGAUGGGUCUCAUGGCGGCAGACCGCGGCGGGAGCGUCUAUGCGACGGAUGAGCGCUUCUGCAUAGACAAUGGCAUUAUGAUUGCCCACGCAGGCCUCUUGGCAUAUGAAACGGGGUUCAGGACGCCCAUCGAAGAGAGCACAUGUACACAGCGAUUUAGGACAGACGAGGUCCUCGUCAAAUGGAGGAAGUAA